AUGGCGAAUGGAGGUUUCCCUUUUCAAAUGCCGAUGCUCACAAAGAACAACUAUGACAAUUGGAGUAUCAAGAUGAAGGCGCUACUAGGAGCUCAAGAUGUGUGGGAUAUCGUUGAGAAAGGCUUCAAUGAGCAAGAUGAAGCCUCGCUAAGCCAAGGUGUAAAGGAGACAUUGAGGGAGUCAAGAAAGAGAGACAAGAAAGCUCUCUUCCUCAUUUAUCAAUCGGUGGAUGAAGAUACAUUUGAGAAGAUCUCCAACGCAACGACGGCCAAAGAAGCAUGGGACAAACUUCAAACUUGCAACAAAGGAGUGGAACAGGUGAAAAAGAUUCGUCUUCAAACUCUUAGAGGAGAUUUUGAACGUUUAUUUAUGGAAGAGUCCGAGUCAAUUUCUGAUUAUUUUUCUCGAGUAUUGGCCGUAGUCAAUCAACUUAAAAGAAAUGGUGAAGAUGUUGAUGAGGUAAAAGUCAUGGAGAAAAUACUUCGCACUUUAAAUCCAAGUUUUGACUUCAUUGUUACCAACAUUGAAGAAAACAAGGAUUUAAAGACCAUGACUAUUGAGCAACUCAUGGGUUCCUUACAAGCAUACGAAGAAAAACAAAAGAGAAAAAUUAAACAAAAGGAGGCUAUGGAGAAACUACUACAACUCAACAUAAAGGAAGCAAAUUAUGCGAAUUACAAGAGUCAAAGAGGACGAGGUCGUGUCCAAGAUCGUGGGCGUGGACGAGGACAUGGAGGAGAAGGAAGAGGUAGUUACAAUAACUACUCUAAUAAUGGAGAAAGAAACUCUCGAAGAAAGUUGUGGAGAAAGCUAACUUUGUAG